CAAAGCCAUUAUUAAAAGCGUUGAACAAAAGGACAAACCGUUGAAAAUGCAAACAGACAUCGGAUCCAACUUUUAUGUCCAGACAGUGAUAACGGAUCCGCACAAAGUGUUUCUUAUGAUAGGAAUGGGAUUCUAUUUGGAGUUAACUCUCGAAGAAGCGAUUCUCGCCAUCGAUAAGAGAGAAGCACUUCUCAACGAAGAACUCAAACAAUUGUCGAUCCAAUCGUCGCGAAUAAAAGCAAACAUUAAAAAAAGAGCCAAAAUGAGUGAACCGACGGCCACUUCGGCACAACCGGUCGCUGACCACCACAUGAGGGCUGAGAUCGAGCGCCUGAACCGCGAAUUGGCCCAAACCAGCGCCGAGAAGAUCCAAUCGGCGCAAUACGGUCUCGUCCUCCUCGACGAGAAGGAAGAGCUGCAGCGACGCUACGAUGACUUGGAGUCGAGUUACGAAACGGUGCGAAAGGAUUUGGAAGAGUUGCGAGAAGCGUUCGCAAAGUCUCAGACCAACCAAAAGGUUUCGGCCAACACUGGCGUCGAGCGCGAGGAGAAGCUCCUGGAAGAGAGCGCUCACAAAGAGGCCAACUUUCGCAGCAAAGCGUCGGAAGAGACGGAAUGGGAGCGCAGGACUCUGAGAGUGGAGUUGAAGGAACUGAAGCUGAGAGAGUCGCGACUCUUGGCCGACAACAACGAACUCGAAGAAGAGAACAUUUCGCUGCAAAAACAGGUCUCUGUUCUCAAGUCAUCGCAAGUGGACUUCGAGACGUCCAAACACGAGGUGAGACGUCUUCAGGAGGACAUGGAGGCGUUGAACGCUCAGCUCGAAGAAUACGAACACUUGAAGCGAAUCGCCGAACGGCAGAUGGAAGAGGCGUUGGAAGCGUUGCAAUCGGAAAGAGAGCAGAAAUAUCGCCACUUCUUCCUCAACCUGGCGGCCUAUUUGAGCCUAAGCUAG